UUGGCUAAUUGCUCGGCCAACGUUAAGGCAUCGCUAAUUAACAAAUCAUGGAAGAGUUUGCAUCCUGGAUUUCUCACUGAAAAUGACGAACCAGAAGAUGAUGUUCCUUUAGCCAAGCUUUUUAAUAGGUUAAGGGGAUCCAAUGAUCCUCAAAUAAGUGAGGCAGAAGCUCAAGAAUGGGCUACUGGCGGUGCCGAAAGCGAGUUACAAAGAUAUGAAGGGUUAAAUGAUGAGGAGAUUGUGCUAGCGGUAAUGUGUGAGGAUGAUGAGCAAAAUGAAGACAAUAGCGUUGAAGAUCUCGCCUCCAAAAAAGUUGCUAAUUCAGAGGCAGUAGGAGCUUUAAACACUGCUUUAAAAUGGGCUGAAGAUAACGAAUUUGAUAGCCACGAAGUUAUCUUUCUCCGCCGACUAAGAGACCGGGUUUUUGAAAUGAAGUGCGAAAAUUAUAAACAGAAGAAUAUUACAAACUUUUCAAGAAAAAUUAAUUAA